AUGUCGUCUUAUAUGUCUCAUAGAAGAGCUGGUGAUGCCGGUAUCCCAACUAGCAGGAACCCGCAAGCUAGCAAUUUCACUCCAAUGAAUACAACUCCAAGCUAUCCAAAUAUUCGCAAAUUUCCUGGUCAAAGUUCUAACGGAUUUGAAGACCUAAAGCAGAAAGCUGAGAAGUUUGCUGAAAAGGUGGAGGAUUUGACUACACAUCCUAUAGUGCACCAGAUCAGUCCUUAUGUUCCUAGCAUUUCUCGGUUCUUUAUUGUGGCCACUUUUUAUGAGGAUUCAUUCCGUAUUCUUACACAAUGGUCUGACCAAGUAUUUUAUCUACACAAAUGGAAGCACUAUCCAUAUAUACUUGUUGUUUUGUUUUUGUUAAUUGUUACUAUCUGUAUGUUGGGUGGUGCUACUUUGUUGGUUUUGAGAAAGCAUACCAACUAUGCAACUGGUGUUUUAUGUGGAUGUAUUAUCAUGCAAGCUCUUGUCUAUGGUUUAUUCUCUGGUUCGGCCUUUGUGUUGAGAAACAUCAGUGUCAUUGGUGGCUUGCUAAUCGCCUUCAGUGACUCUAUUGUCAGAAAUAAGACCACAUUUGCGAUGUUACCUGAAUUGAACAGCAAAGAUGAUCAAACUAAGGGCUACCUAUUACUGGCUGGUCGUAUGUUAAUUGUUAUUAUGUUUAUUGCCUUCACUUUCAGCAAGUCUAUAAUCACUAUUCUGAUUACCGUUGUCUGCACGGUGUGCUUUGCUAUCGGUUACAAGACCAAGUUUGCCUCCAUAAUGCUGGGUUUCAUUUUGACUUUCUACAACGUUACUUUGAACAACUACUGGUUCUACGACAACAGCAAGAGGGAUUUCUUGAAGUACGAGUUUUAUCAGAAUUUGAGCAUCAUUGGCGGUCUGCUACUAGUCACCAACACCGGUGCUGGCGAACUAUCUGUUGAUUCGAAGAAGCGUAUUUACUGA